AUGUCUCGCAUCGAUUAUUCCAAGUGGGAUAAACUGGAGUAUUCUUCUUCUUCUUCUUCGGAAGAGGAGGACGACGAGAAAGAAAAGACGCAGGAAGCGAAGGCGACGACUGCACACUUCGAGAAUCUCUCGCUUUCUGCAUCGUCGUCGUCCUCUCCACUUUGGAACGGGUUGGUGUUGCAUCAUAAGGAUGUGUUUGUCUCGCAUGUGCUUUCGAAAUUGAAUUUGUUGGAUCGGUGUUUCUUUUCAAAGGUGAAUACAGAGAGUCGGGGUGUGCUUGAAUACGCCGGGGUAAACGUAUCGGGAUUAGGUUUGAUUGUUUACGAAUGUUCAUCCAUUUCGACGUUGGAAUGGGCGUGGAAUAACAUACGCUGGGGAAAGAAAGAUACCAAAGGAGACGUGGUAGACCAAGCCUGGUUUUGCAAGGAAGUUGCUGCAACGAACAAACUCGAGUUUCUCAAGUGGGCGAGAGAAGUGAAACAUUGCGAGUGGGAUGAAUGGACGAUUAAUCAGGCCGCAAUUAAAGGUAAUCUCGAGAUGUUGAAGUAUUGCUUCUCUAAUAAUUGCCCGUGUGAUAAAGAAGAGUCGUGUAAACUAGCUGCUAAAGGAGGACACCUCGACUGUGUUCGAUUUCUUUUCGACAAAGUGAAACCUUCGCGAGAGACGGAAAAAGAAGCGGUAAUACAAGCCGCAGCAUAUGGUCACUUAGACAUCUUGAAAUACUUCUUCGAAGAACGAAAGAUACCUGAUGUGGUAAAGAUCGCCUGUGUGGGAAUCGCUGCAAGGUUUGGCAAACUCGAUUGCCUCAAAUACUUAGUCGAAGAGGCGAAAGUGCCUCUUAACUAUUGGGUACACAUCGCUUCCGCUCGUUACCACGAACACCCUGACUGCGAAAACUACUUGCUCGAAAAAGGGUGCCCAGAACCAACGGACGAAGAAUACGCUCGAUUUGUCGAGGCAACAGAAAAAGCAAAAGCGCGAGAAAGACAAGCAGCUUCUUGA